AUGACGGUGAGCUGGUUUUAUGACUCUGGAUCCUCUCAAAUAUCUGGCAACAUCUAUCAGAAAGUGCUGCGCGCUGUUUUCUCCCGAACUUUCCCGCAAGUUGUCCGGAUCUCGGCAUGUCAGCACUCAACGAUUCCCGCCCCGAAUGCUCAUCCAGACGUUCACUUCAACAAGAUUUUCAUCAACAAUGAGUGGCAUGAUGCAGUAAGCAAGAAAACGUUUCCAACCAUCAAUCCUGCUAUGGGUGAGGUUAUCUGCCAGGUCGCAGAGGGCGAUAAGGCGGAUGUGGAAAAAGCUGUCAAGGCUGCCAAAGAUGCCUUUAAGCUCGGGUCUCCCUGGCGGCGUAUGGAUGCGUCCCACCGCGGGCUGCUCUUGAGCCGAUUGGCAGACUGCAUAAAGAGAGAUGCUGCCUAUUUAGCUGAACUAGAGACUCUUGACAAUGGAAAGCCAUAUGCGGUCUCCUACACUGUGGACGUGCCCAUGGUGGUCAAGUGCUUGAGGUGA